AGAAAGAAAGAGAAACGCCAUCAUCUCCGCCUCGCUCAUCAUCAACCGCCCUCCGUCUCUCUCUCUCUCUUCCCUCGCCGAUCCAACCCCACCCUCUCGCCAUUGGAUCGCCUCCGCCGCCGCCCCCGCCGCCCGCCCGCCGAUGGCCCCGGCCCCCGCCGCCGCCGCGCGCCGCCGGCGCUGCUGACUCGCCGGCGGAGCCCCGGAGGAUCCCUAGCCCUGACGGCUCGGUUCUCUCCCCCCGCCGGCGUCCCUCGCUUCCCCCUGGAUACUGCGGCGGGCAUGAGCUCGUCGAGGCUGGAGGGCGGCGGUUCCGGAUACCCGGGCUCGGCCGACAUUGGCUCCGGUUUCUUCUUCGGCGCGCCUACGUCUCCGGGAUCGGUGCCCGCGCCGGUCUUCGCCAAGUCGAGAAUCUCCAAGAGGAGAAGCAUUAAUCGCCCGAGCUCGAAUCAGGAGAGCAGAGCGGGGCCCGGGGCGAAUCCGUUCUCGUUCAGUCCGCGUGAUUCCGUGCUCGGCUCGUUCCCGUGUGCGGCGAGCGCUCCUCCGGCGAGCGACUAUGUGUUCGGAGCGAAUAGGAGUGAUUCGGACGGGAGUUUGGGGACAGGAGUUGCUGAGAAAAUGGAGAACUUGAGAAUAGGGAGCGGGAACGAGUCUGCGACUGCUCGAGAUGGUUCUUCUGGUGCGAAUUCAAGCUUUAUAUUCGAAUCGAAGGGUGGCAACAAUAAAAGCUCUGGCUUUGAUGAAUCAGUAGCUUCUGCAUUGCCAGAAGAAAUGAGGAAGCUGAAUAUCCAAGCUUCACAUAACAACCCUUCCGGGCGAACGGGGAAUUUUAAGUCUAAUUUAAGUACGCACGAACAGGUUAAGGUUGGUAUAGGGGUCGAUGCAGGCACGGAUGGUUUUGCUGGGAAACAUGUGGAAGCCGAGCUCCUGGAUCAGUUGAGGAAUAAACUGAAUAUCAGAGAAGCUAAUCAACCGGACAGCAAUCGGGUUGUUGACAAAGCUGAUCAAUUAAAUGAAUCUACUGGUGGAAGUAGAAAGGAAUAUAAUGGUGUGUUUACUGGAAAAUCCGCGGCUGCUCUCCCUGAUCAGAUGACGAAGCUCAACUUAAGGGAUCCUGCAACCAUGGAUAACAGCACUGGAGAGAAUGAUUUUGAAUUAAAUACAAAGAAAACUGGUUUUGUAUUUGGAGGGAGCACAAGUGCCAGUGGUCGUACCCAUGGGAUGACAGAAAUUGUAUUAGUGAAUGAGAUCAAUGAGAAACUGAAUAUUGGUAGCAAAAUGAACGAUUCCAUUGUUGAGCCAGUUUCUAGAGGAUUCAGUUUUCAGUCUGGAAAGGAAGCCGAGCAUGCAUUUGGCAGUCAAGUUCCUUUAAACCGACCUACCGAAGAUAUAGGAGUAAGCGGCAUUGCUACAUCAUCGCACGAAUUACCAUCUCGUGGCAUCCCUUUAAAAGGAGGGAAGAACGUUUCUAAUAGAGAUGAAAGAAACAUCAAUAUAUCUUCUGAGAGCAAACAGGAUGAUACUGGCUCAUCAUUUGUGGAAUUUAAGACGCCUGUGGCAAAAGUGGACCUGGCUUCUGGCUUGACUGGAAAAAUAGAGUUUACUGCAAAGAGAGAGGCAUUUGAUAGCUCUAAAAUGAAGAAGAAGAAGGGGAAAAUGAGGCAGUCCGCCCAUGUUCAGCCUCGGUUCAUGCAAUCCUUUGUGUCAAUGGAAAGCAUAUCUUUAGAAAAGCCAGAGGCCUCUGAGGCUUGUUCACCGAUGGAUGUAUCUUCGGAUGUAUCUUCGUACCAAGAACCAUUAGCACAUGAUCCAUAUUCAAGAGAUAGUUCAGUUACGUCAAAUGAGUCCUACAGCCUGGACAAUGCAGAUGCUUUGGAUGCUCCUCCCUCCACUUUCUCAAAUGAUGCUAUAGAUGAAAGCCUCCUUUCUGCAACACAGCGUAUGGAUAUAAAUGAUUACGAGCUAAGCAGAGAAGCAACAGAGGAUGCUUCUAAGCAUGGUUUGGAGAAGAGUGGCAACACUGAAGGCCCAGUUGAGGAUCCUACAUCUGGGGCUGAAACUGAAAGCUUUAAAUCUGCUGCUGACGAUAUAGAAUUGGUCAGGGAUGAUGAUGCUGUUACUUCAUCUGUUAGAACUGGAGCCUUUUAUAGUUCAAUGGUCGAGAGAAGUGAUGAUGAAAGGAGGAGUGAAAAUAGCUUAGCGUCACAUGUAAAAGAAAUGGGGGACUCUAACUUUACUUUCACUACCUCCUCGGCUUCUCAAGGACAAUUUUCAGUGCCCAAACACAAAUAUAAAAAGAAAGCUUGGGAGAAAUCUGUUCGUGGUUCCCACAAUUUGAGUUCAUCUCUUGAAAUUCCUGGUGCUUCAUCCUCCAUUCGGCCCUUUCCAUCUUCAGCCAUCCCUUCACCUCUUUCCCCUCAGCCAGAGAAAGGGAAUCCGACUUCUUCUCAAUACAAAUUUGGAAAAGAUUAUGGGGUGGAUAAAAGUCUGGAUGGCAAGCUUGGUUCAGCAUCUACUUCUGCCACAACCAUGACUCAGGAAGCAUGUGAGAAAUGGCGUUUGAGGGGAAAUCAAGCUUAUGCAAGUGGGGAUGCGGGUAAGGCUGAGGAUUAUUACACACAUGGAAUAAAUUGCGUUUCAAGAGAUGAGAUGUCAAGAAGCUGCUCAAGGGCUCUCAUGUUGUGCUACAGCAACCGUGCAGCAACCCGUAUGGCUUUAGGCAGAAUGAGAGAUGCAAUAGGAGACUGCAUGAUGGCCAUUGCAAUCGACCCUAACUUCUUUAAGGUGCAAGUUAGAGCUGCAAAUUGCUACCUUGCUCUUGGGGAAGUUGAUGAUGCAUUAAGAUAUUACAAGAAAUGCCUGCAAGUGGGAAAUGAGGUGUGUGCGGAUCGAAAAAUUGCUGUAGAAGCUUCUGAAGGCUUGCAAAAGGCACAGAAAGUUUCUGAAUGCAUGAACCAUGUGGCCAUGCUCUUGCUAACAAGAGCAUCCAAGGAUGUGGAAGCUGCUGCCGAAGUUAUUGCAGAGGCUUUAAUCAUAAGCUCAUAUUCAGAAAAACUGCUUGAAAUGAAGGCUGAAGCACUUUUUAUGUUGCGGAGAUAUGAGGAAGUGAUUCAGCUGUGUGAGCAGACCCUUGAUUCAGCUGAAAAGAAUUCUCUAGAUAUAAAUGGACAGCUUGCUGAUCAAGAUAGUCUCAAGUAUUCAAAUAGGUUAUAUUUCAGAAUUUGGCGAUGCUGCCUCAUGUUCAAGUCAUUCCAAUUAGGAAGGCUUGAGGAGGGCCUUGCCUCACUGGAGAGGCAAGAAGAAUUGGUAUCAGCUAAAAAUAGGAAUCAAAACUCCAGUUUGGCAUUGCUAAUUCCUCUGGUUGGGACUGCACGAGAACUUAUACGUCUCAAGGCGGCAGGUAAUGAGGCAUUUCAAGCUGGAAGGCAUGCAGAAGCAGUUGAACAUUACACUGCUGCCUUGUCAUGCAAUGUGGAGUCACGUCCUUAUGCAGCUAUUUGUUUUUGCAAUCGUGCUGCCGCAUUCAAAGCUUUGGGCCAAAUCAUUGAUGCUAUUGCUGAUUGCAGCUUUGCCAUAGCCCUUGAUGGAAACUAUCUGAAGGCAAUAUCUAGACGAGCCACUUUAUUUGAAAUGAUAAGAGAUUAUGGACAAGCAGCAGCAGACCUCCAGAGACUUGUUUCUAUUCUCACAAAGCAAGUAGAGGAGAAGACGAAUCAAGCUGGAGUUUAUGAUGGAUCUCUUAGUUCUGUAAAUGAACUGAAACAGGCAAGCCUACAGCUUAGUGAAUUGGAAGAAGCAGCGAGAAAGGAUAUUCCCUUGGAUAUAUACCUAAUUCUAGGAGUAGAACCAUCAGCAUCACUACCAGAUAUAAGGAAGGCCUAUCGUAAAGCAGCACUUAAACAUCACCCUGACAAGGCUAGUCAAUUUUUGGCAAAAGGUGACAAUGGAGAUGAUAAACUUUGGAAGGGUAUAGCAGAAGAAGUCCGGAAGGAUGCUGAAAGACUUUUCAAAAUGAUUGGAGAAGCACAUGCUGUACUUUCGGAACCGACCAAGCGUUUACAGUAUGAUCUUGAAGAAGAGAGGAGGAAUACUGAGAAGAAACGCAAUGGAUCCAGUACACCUAGGACACAUAGAGACGACCAAACUCAUCCAUUCGAAAGAAGUGGCAUUAGGCAGCAAAGUAGGGAAGCUUGGAGAACUUAUGGUAGUUCCCAGGGUCGAGCCUCAGAGUCAAAUCGCUGGACAAGAUACUCUUGAUCAUCGAGUGCAGUAUAAGCAUAGUAGUUCUGGGGGACUCCGAAUACAGAGAAGCACGGCCCACACGGUUCUUUGCAACCUAAGGAUCAUACUACAGCAUAGGAUGUGUAGAGGUCUAGAGGAAAUAUGAUUUCCUUUAAGCCUCCAUAGUUGGAACUCAGUGGAAUGAGUGUACAUGGUUCUGGGCUGUAGAAAACAAGCAGAACAGACCCACCCAUUUGAAACUUGUUGUGGUCUAAAAGGAGGAGCUAUGGUGAUUGCUCUCAGCAGAAGGGGACACAGUUUAGCCAGAAAAUAGGCAACCAAUAGUAGUAGAUCCCAACCAGUGCGAGAUGAAGCUUCGUUUGCAUAUCGACAGACGAUGAAGGACAGGACGAAAGGGAAGAAACAGGGGACUGGAAUUGAAUAUCCGAAUACUAACUCCUGACAUUUAACAGUAAAAUAUCCCAAUCUGUACAGAAGGGGGAGUGUUAUUUAUAGAGGCAAGACGUUUACUCAACUCGACAAAGUUCUCCGGUUCUGGCAAAAGGCGAUGAUACUGACAGGAAAUGGUUCAGCCGAUACUUUUUCCUCUUUACAUAUCACAGAAAGUAGAAAGUAAGUCUAUCCUAUCCCACUGCGUCAUUCCUUUUGGUUUUGCCUAUAUGCUUUCCAGAUACUCGUGCAAAGUUGUCUUGUUGUUUUGGAAAAGAAAAAAGGGUUUGUUUAUGUAACACAGAUGAAAGAUGGUUUUUGGUGUACAGUCGGUAUUAGAGGCCAUCCUUUUUUUGGGUUGGAAAGUGAUUUGACGUAUUCAGUUUGUAAAACUGUAAUUCAUUGAUCGAUUAUUCUAGUGUGGAGCUCAUCUCAUUGAACCAAAUAUUUCCAUAAUCAAUCUCUGCAUAUUGUUGUUGUGA